CAAACAACCACUCCAGCGAGCGUUGGUGUUCAACCUGUUACAUCUACUCAACCACAGCAGUCUUUUAUUGACUACGCUACAUUGGCUGCGGUAGCUGCAGCUGGUGGUCAGAAUGCUUUUGCAUUGCAUCCGACAGUAUCAAAUGCAAGCAGCACGGGUUUGGAGCAGUAUAAUUACUCGCCGUACGGUGUAGUACCGGCAAGCAGCUAUGCGGCACAGCUUAGCGCUGCACAGUCACAAUUAGUUGCCGUCACUCAACAGCAGGCUGCUCUGGAACAUCAACGUGUUUGA